CUACUGAAUGUACAGAAGCAGCAGUUGAACAUUUAAUAACAGAAGAUGACCUUGCUCGUGGUUCUAUACCGCUGGGACAGCCCAUGGCAAAUGUUUACAUAUAUGUCGUCGACAAGUACCUUCAACUCAUUGUACCAGGCAUGCACAUGGGUGAAAUUAUUAUUGGAGGGGCUGGUGUGUUCGUCGGUUAUCGUAAUCGAAAUGAGUUAACGGCACAAGUCAUGUGUCAAAUCAAUAAUGAACUCUGCUAUAAGACGGGAGACUUAGGAUAUUUCAAUCCCAAAACCCGUUGUCUUGAGUACGGUGGUAGAGAAGACUACCAAGUGAAGCUUCGAGGACAACGUAUUGAAUUAAGUGAAAUUGAAUCUGUGAUUAUGAGUAUUGCCGCAAUGUGUAUUGUUGUCAAAGUAGUACAGUGCAACAAUGACUAUCUUGUCGCUUAUGUCGAAGAAAAGAGUUUUAGUAUAAGUGAAGAACAACUUCAACAGCAUUGCCAGUCUCAUCUUCCAGCGCAUAUGAUUCCAUCACUCUUCAUCAUUCUCGAUAGUUUUCCUCUCAAUGCAAAUGGAAAAAUUGAUCGAAAACGUCUUCCACCACCUAGCUUUUCGACUUCAAGUUCUGAUGAUAACAUUAAUUUACCUCUUACCAGACUUGAACAACAAUUACAAGAUAUUUUUAGCCAAAUAUUUCGUGUUGAAUCUGCUGCUGUCGACACUUCGUUUAAUCAAUUGGGUGGAACAUCUUUAGACAUGAUGCAUGCCCUUACAUUGAUACGUCGAGAGAUAUGUAAAGAGGCUGAUAUUCGUUUGCUACUUACUAAUCCAUCUAUUCGACAAUUAGCACAAGCUAUUGAACCUUUAUUGAUUUUGGAUGCACCACAAGAGACAGUGUCCACAACCAAUCAAUCUCAUGAGACACAUGUUCGUUUUUCACCUUCGUUAGUUAUAGAAUCUGUUGGUAUUGUAUUUCUUAUUUGUCAAUGGUUAUGGCCAAUUAUAAUAAUUCAUCGAUGGUGCCCAUUCCUUUUCCCAGUCUUAUCAACACUUCAUCUUUUAUUCUAUGUCAUCUGCUCACGUCUAUUCUCACCACGUCACAUCAAAACUGAUAAUCUUUUCUCUUGGAAUUAUUACCGAUGGUGGUUUUUGGAUCGACUUUGGAAGAAUAACACAUUUUGGUUGAAGCAUAUACUUGGUACACCAUUCUACAAUUAUUAUCUUCGUCUUUGCGGCGUGCAUAUUAGUCUUAACACACAUAUUUAUACCACAACUAUUGAUGCUCCAUGGUUGUUAGAAAUUGAUGAAGGAAGUUGGAUUGCUAAUGAGACGUAUCUGAACUGUUUAUAUUUCAACGAUGAUGGCACUUUUAAUCUGAGUCCAAUUAGAAUUGGAUCUAAUUGUUCAAUCGGUACACGAUCCAUUCUAUUUGAUGGAGUUGAUAUGCAAAAUAAUAUUAUUGUUCAACCAAUGUCGUCAGUCACUGGCUUCGUCGCAUCUGAAAUGGUUGUCGAUGGUGAAGAACACAAAUCGCGUCCGUCAGACAUCUCCGUUGUGCAGAGCAACAGAUCAUUCUCCAUAUGGCAUAAGAUCUACCAAAUUACUAUGAUCAUCUCGAUAAUCUGUAUUCAUUAUACACUUUUGAUUCUCGUCUAUAAAGUUUAUUCAAUUGGGCAAAUACCACUAUUAAUCAGUAUUGCUUUUUGUUGGACUUUAUGGUCAAUUAUUGGUUGUUUUAUUUCUCUUCUCCUCUUGAAAUUCAAAGUAGGGCCAUGUACUGCUGGCGAAAUAUAUCCGAUAGCAUCUAGAUUAUAUCUACAAAAAAUAUGGCUUCGUCAAUUAAUUGUAUCUAGUUUUCAUCAUGCUUGGUUAUUAUCGACUACCUACGAUUAUCUUUAUCCUUAUGUUCUUCAUUGGCUAGGUGCUCAUAUCAAAGAAAAUGUCAAAAUCGCUGAGAUAGACACUUUUCUUUCCUGUCCAACAAAUCUGUUAAAACUCGAAAUAGGUGUUACUACUUUUGGUGGAGUUUCAAUAGUUCCUACUGAAUUGACACCCUCAGGUGAUCAUCGUGUAGAUCAAAUAGUACUCGGAUCUCAUACAAACCUUGCGAAUGGAUGUUCAAUCUUGCCUGGUAGUUGUCUUGAAUCUGAGACCAUGAUUGGGAAUUUAACACGCAUCUCACGAGAGACAAAAAGCAAAUACGGAGAAGUUUUCAUUGGUGUUCCAGCUCGUACAAUGCCAUUUCAAAUGCCUCCCAGGCCAAAAAUACAAGAUCAGAUUGAAAUCAUACCAUUUUGGCAUACAUGCUUGUCUCAUUAUGUUAGCAAAUGUCUUUUAUUAAGCAUUUAUUCGUUUGGUGGUCUUGUUGGUGGAUCAAUCAUUCAUACAAUACUUGUCUGUGGCCUUUAUCGAUGUCCUUCACGCAUACGCCAUCAAACUAUACAACAAAUAAUAGCAAGAAUGAGUCAAGAUUAUGAACAAUUUAUUUGUCCAUUUCUUGGUAAUACACAAUGGCUCAUUCGACUAUUUCGAGCAUAUGGUGCUCAUAUUGGUGAGAAUACUAUAAUCCCAGAUAUAUCCAGUAUUACCGAUUAUCAUUUGAUGACUAUUGAAGAUAAUGUUCGACUUAAUAUGGGUACACAGAUACAGGGUCACAGUUUCGAACAACGUAUUUUAAAACUAGCUCCUGUAUCCAUCGGUAAUUCAUGUAUACUUAUGAGUGGUUCAAUUGUAAUGCCAGGCUGCAAACUGAUAGGUAACAAUCGUCUUUAUCCUGGGACACUGAUAAUGAAAAAUGAUCAAUUACCACUAAAUACUCAUUGGAAAGGAAUUCCUGCACUUUCAACUUAUAAUUAUUUAUCAACGUCUUGUACUAGUAUUGGAUCAGUUUAA